CGUUAUAUAUAUAUAUAUAACGCGAAUUCUACAAAGAAAAAAAAAACCAAGUCAUUCAAUAUUUUAAUGUUUUACGCGUAUUUGUUCAUAAACAUAUAUCCAUUUAAGCAACAACAGUAACGGCAAUUAAAACCGCAUUGAAAAAGAUCUGUAGAGAAACACAACAAAGCAGCUGCUGUUCACUUUGUGUUUUGCACAUUACGUAGUGUUGUGUGACCCCGAACGAGACAAGUGGACUAUUUUUUAUAUUUAUAUUGUUUUGUUUUCUUCUCCUUAAACAACAACAACAACAACAACAACAACAAAAAUUAUUGAUCGUUAAUAAGUUAAAGCAGGCGCUAAAAAUUUGUGUUUUAUAUCAAUAAACACUCACUCUCGAGUAGAGAGAAGAAUAUAUCAAAACAUUUAAAAAAAAAACAAAAAAACAAAAAAAACAAAGAAUAAUAAUAAAAGAAAAAGUUGAAAGAACAGCAAGAAGAUGACUACAGAGUCAGGAGCGACAGAGGCACCCAGAUCUUUAGAUUCCACUUUCGAAUCGAUCGUUAUAGACAUUCCAACAACAGCAACAUUCUCAUCGGCAUCAUCAUCGUCAUAUGAUACUGAUAGCAGUGUGAACAGCGCCACCUGUUGUACCAGGCACAGUGAACACAUUUACAUGGAGAAGCCCACCGGUAACUCUCAUACUACCAACACCCUAGCGAUUGGAGUAUCCACAGGCUCCACACAUAAAGCUAACGAUAUUGAAGCGGUUUACUUUAAAGCUGAUCAUACCAAAAGUUGGCCAAUAUUUAUUUUGCUGAUUUCAUUAAUCGAGAUCGCAGUUUUUAUUUACGAUGUGGUCACCGUUCAGAAGGAGUCAAUCGCUUCCGUUUCACAUAGCUCUUCUUCCUCUGCACGUGGAUUGGUAAAACCGCAAGAUUUACCGAUGGCCAUACCAACAGACUCGGUAUUUAUUUAUAGACCGGAUCGUCGUUUGGAAGUGUGGCGUUUUAUAUCGUAUAUGUUUCUUCAUGCCAAUUGGUUCCAUUUGGGCUUCAAUGUUGUCAUUCAGUUAUUUUACGGCAUCCCACUGGAGGUUAUGCAUGGUUCAGCUCGCAUAGCAAUCAUUUAUUUUGCUGGCGUCUUUGCCGGUUCAUUGGGUACUAGUGUGGUAGAUUCGGAAGUCUAUUUAGUGGGAGCAAGCGGCGGAGUUUACGCUUUAUUGGCUGCCCAUUUGGCUAAUAUAACAUUGAAUUACGGCCAAAUGAAAUAUGCAGUAGCUCAGCUCGUUUCUGUGGUGAUAUUUGUACUUUGCGAUCUGGGAUAUGCGUUCUAUACACAAUAUCUGGCCGCUGACGAGCUAAAUGAAGCUCCUCCCGUCUCUUACAUAGCUCAUCUUACUGGAGCUUUAGCCGGCCUUACCAUUGGCUUGUUGGUGCUUAAAAGUUUUGAGCGUCGUCCCUAUGAUAAUCUCAUUUGGUGGUUGGCCUUAAGCAUCUAUUGCGCUUUCACUGUCUUUGCGAUUGUUUUCAAUCUUAUCAACACGGUGACGGCACAACUUAUGGAGGAACAGGGUGAAGUUAUUACACAGCAUUUGCUACACGAUCUGGGCGUGUCGUAAAUCAUCAAAUAUAUGUACGUACUAUAUAUAUAUAUGUGUAUAUAUACAUAUACAUAUAUACAUAUAUAUGUAUAAAUAUAUUUAAUAAAAGCCCUAAAAGAAGAAAGGCAGUUAGUUACCAGCCAAGCGCGUACGUAAAAUUUUUCCUAAAUAAAUUAUUGAAAAAUAAAUAUUUAAACGAACCCAAAUUGUGUAAACAAAUGUUGUGAUAAUACUACCAAAGACUGAAUUUAUUUCACAAAAAAAAAAAAAAAAAAAAAAAAAAAAAAA